UCCAGACGUAACUCCAACUCUAUAUUUAACCCCAGCCCCUCCCAACUUCGUUCACACAUACUCGACAUAUUGAGGCGGCAGAGAGACGACCAGCAGGAUGGAGAAUGAGGCUCCGCCCCGCCGCUCUGUGGCUGAACUGGCAGGAAGGUUCAAAGGUCAGGCUCCCGACCCGAGCGCCACCUCGGGGAAUCAGGACAAACCUGUGAGGCGGCGGCCGCCUCGGACCCUUCAGCUGCCGAACCCGAACGCAGAGCAGAACCAGCCCCCAUCAGGCGUCUCGUCUCCACCCAAAGCCAAGAGGAACUCAGCUCUGAUUGAGAAGCUCCAGGCCAACCUGACGCUGGGCUCGCCCACCGCCGCGCCGUUGAAGAGCCCCGGACUGAGGACGCUUCCUGCUGGCUUCACCCCGCCCUCCCCGGGCUCCGGCCCCCCGGUUUCCAUGGUAACCCCCACCAGCCCCGCCCCCACAGAAAGCCCCACCUCCUUUGAGGCUCCGCCCUCGGCCGCAGAGGGAAGCAUCCUGCCUAGCAUCAACAAGGCCAGACCACGGGGCUCCAUCAAGCGGCGUCCUCCGUCCCGCUGUCACAGGAAGUCCAGCAGCGGGGACGACGCAGGACUGGGACAGGAAGGGGCGGAGACACACCUGGAGACCCAGACUGGUGGUAGUCCGGGGGACGCCACGGAGAAAGGGCAGGGAGCACUUGGAGGAGAGAAAGAGGAGAAGGAGGUGUUCAAAAAAGAGACCGCAUCACCGCCAGAGAUUAAGGAAACCCAUGAAGAAGAAGAGACGAAGAGAAACAGUGUGAGGGAGACAGAGGAAGAGGACGGGACGUCUUCAUCACAGCUGAGGGUAGAGGAGGAGGAGAAAAUGGAGGAAGAGGAGAAAAAUAAAGAAGAGGAGGAGAAAAAAGAGGAGAAAAAAGAGGAGAAAAAUAAAGAGGAGGAGAAAAAUGAGAAGAAAAAAGAGGAGGAAAGUAAAGAGGAGAAAAACGAAGAAGAGGAGAAAAAGGAUGAGGGAAAGGAGGAAAAAGAGGAAGAACAAAAAGAAUUGACUGAUGGAAGAAGGAAAGAGGAAGAAAUGGAAAUGGAGAAUUCUUCCCGAUGAGGAAUCAGAAGUUUGGCCGCGUCGGAGCGAGGUACCUGUCGAGCCCCUGGAAUGCAGAGCGGGAAACCCUGCAACAGAAACACUUUAGGGAAAAUGGCCGCCGAUGCUGGGUAGAGAAAUGUCUGAAAACUCUUGAGCUACCGUUUGAAACUCAGAUAGGAAACUCUUUCUGAAGCUUUAGUGAAGCUCCAAAAGCAGUUUUUUACUAAUACAAGCUUUUCCACACUGCGGCGCCGCAUUUCCUAAUUUUUUUAAGAACAAUGUGUGAAUUUUGUGGGGGGUUUUGUAAUGGUUUAUUGCUGUUUGGUGUCUUUGAAAUUUUGAUGUUAAUUUCUAGAGUGUACAGAAUCAAAAUCUAAGUUUUACCAAUGUUCAGAGCUGUGAGAAAAAACACAUAAUGCCUUAUUCUGAGGUAAUUAAUAAAAAACAACUUUUUACAAAUAUAAA